AUGGAGAAUGCAGAGGCGUAUGUGAAAAGCAUGCUUGAGAAACAUCGUAUCAAGAUCGAUCUGCGUGCAAAGAUAGAGGAACUGAGUGUAUCCAACAAGAUAAAUGAAUUCAUGCCGCUUGAGACCGUAUAUAAUGUUGUUCUUCUAAAUCUAGCCAAGGAAAGUGAAAUGUACAAGUCAAUUCUUAACGGAACGUAUGUAUUUGAUAUAGAAGUAGAUGUUAGAGAUGAAAGGCGAGUGUAUAAUGCUGAUAAACUGAGAAAGAAAGUUGAAGACAUAUUUGGAGAAAGAGCGAGAUACGUGUAUGUAUGCAUUCUGGACAAGAAAACACACUUUGUCGGGAUCAGGUUGGGCGACAAUGCAUAUACACCAGUUGACUUAUAUGAUGGCCCUGAAGAAGCUAUUCCUUACUUCUUGCUGGCAAACGGUUUGAAGAUGGACUUCAGCGUGAGUGAUUUUCGAUGGAACGAGAUAGUGUUUGAGAAUCCUGUAGCUGAGGAUGAACAUGCGAAGUAUGUUGAGAUCACUGAGCAUGUGAAGAAGAUUAGAAUACCAGUUGCAAUAAUUGACGAGGAGGUGGGGUGUCUUGAAGAAUCUGUCACAAACAUGCACAUAUGCUACCUGCAUUGUGGAUCGCAUGAGAACUGGCCAGAAAGCAGUGAUGCACUGAGAUGUGCAAAAACCGCACUGUACUGCCUGAUAUACAAGAAAAGCAAAUACAGAUGUGCAAUAGGAUACGACUAUGUGCUUCUGAAGUACAGAGGCUCGUUCUUCAAAUUCCACAUUGUUAUCAAGAAAGACAAAAACACAGAGUUUAGAAUUAACAGACGAAUAGCUGAUGCAGUCAAUGAACAGACAUGUGUGUUUAAGAAGAACGUUGUGAGUUUAAAAAGGUUUUUGGAUAGCCAUGGAUACUUUCCUGUGUACUUUGACGAUAGGCUUGUUGAGCUUAUGUGUCUGAUGAUUGGGAAAGAAAUAAUGUCAUUUGGAAGGUUCUUCAAUGAGUUUCUUGCAUAUAAGAUCAAGCUUGAUGGAUGUACAUUUGACUUGGAGACAUUCAAGACUAAGGAGAAUAUGUCAAAAAGGUUUGAGGUUAUAUAUAAGAACGACAUGUUAUCUAUUGGCAUUCCGCCAGAAAAGGUUGUGAAACGACUGAAUGCAUUGAAGAAAAUAAUAGCUUUGAAUAAGCCAAUGCUAUUUGACGAUGAUUUCCGAUUAGUUACAAAGAGUUUGUUAAUGCCAUCUUUCAAUGAUUAUGACUUUGUACUGAGCUUCUUUACAAGACCUGAGUUUUGUGAGAUCAAAGGUGCUGAGAAAACACCAUUUGUGCUUGGAACUCCUGUUAUCAGCGAGUUUCUGCAUGCAAGCCUUAAAAAGAAGGCAUAUCUGUUCUACUCACAACGUCAUUUGGUUCUGAUGGUGAAGGCUAUCGAUGGAGUAGAUCCUUUAGAGUUACUUUGUGUGUUGGUGAUGAAGACUGGAUUCAAGUACUGUCUGAAGAGGUUUUGA